AUGGACUUUGCCCAACGAAAAGGGUCACAGCGAGAAGCACGAGAAGUGAAGAGAGACGAAAAUAAUGCAAAUGAAACGUGGGGCUCUGUGUUGACGCCACCCUAUACACGUGCGUUGGGUCUUCUCGCCGGAAAGCAGAAAGUAAAGGUAGUCAGUUCUCUUCUUCCUCGCAAAGCCCUUUCUUUUCUUCUUGCGCGACACUUUUUUUUUCGUUUUUCUUCCGUUAUUCUAAUCAAUGUGUAG